AUGUCACAGAAAACAUCAAGAAAAACAGUGACGGUGCGUACAAGUAGUGUAGCUAGUAACGUUUUGCCAGACGAGUCAUUCGAACAGUCGUAAGUUUAUUUGUUAUUGUUGUUGUGUUUUUAGGUGUAAAUCUACGUUACUUUGCUCGUAUUACUUAAAAGUCUUAUUGAUGUUACUUUGGUCUUUGGAAUUGGUAGAACAAGUUGUUUAAAGCCUUUUGCAUAUUAAAUUAUUAUGGUUAAUAUAUUAAUAUUUUAGAGAUAGUUUCGGAUCAACAUCAUCACGUUUGACACGCUCAAGAGUGGAAGAAAAACAGCGACUUUCUGGAUUGAAUGAUCGUUUGGCUGGAUAUAUUGAGGUAAGCGUCUUAUCAAGAUUUUUUGAAAUUGCAGUAUAUUAUACUUACUUUUAUGAGAAAAUUUAACUUUUCUAUAUCUUAUGGUUUUUAGAAAGUCCGAAACCUUGAACAGGAGAAUGAGCGUCUUCAGGCGACAAUUAGGGAAGUGGAAGUAACAGAAAAAAGAGUUCGUGAGGACAAGCACAGCGAAUGGAAGGAUAAAGUUGAUGAGCUAAGGCAACAGUUGGAAACUGCGAAUCAGGAGAGAGCCAGGUAAGCUCUCAUGCUUAUGUUUAUUAACUUAACAUGGCUCAGACUGAUUUUAAUUAAAUUUUGGAUAUAAUUUUAAACUUUCAACUUCAGAGCUGACAUGGAGAAGAAAAAGGCCGCAAACGAAUGCGAUGAUAUCAAAGCCAAAUUCGGAAAGUUGGAGCGAGAUUUAAAGAACGCCACGAAUGACCGUGAUCAUUUAGGUGAUCAGGUUAACGAUCUAAAGGCCGACAACAAACGUCUUGAAAACUUGAAGAACAAGUACCUGAAAGAGAGAGAUGAUCUGAAGAGAGAUGUAGACGAAGCUCUGGGAUCAAUUGAGAACCUGAAACAACAAAUUGAAGAUGAAUUCCUGAUUAGAAACCGUCUCACAGAUGAGAACUCGGCUUUGAGGGAAGACAUUGAGAUGUUGAAGAGACUUCAUGAGAACGAACUUGAAGAUGUUUACAAGAGAAAGGAAGUUGAAUUGACCACAGUGCAACGUCAGUACGAUCACAAGGUCAAUGAUGCUGUGAAACUGCGAGUGAAACAACUCCGCGAAGAUUUUGACGUGAGACUCCGUGAAUCUCGUCAAGAGGUCGAAGCAAAAUGGCAUCAGCGCCUGGAAGAUGCUCUCAAGGGUUCAGAAGGCAAAGAAGCUCAUGUUGUGGAACUUCGGGAAUCAAACAGCCAGCUCAGAAGAUUGAAGAAGGAAUUUGAGGAUGAGAAUGCACGUCUGAAGAGAAACCAAGAGGAAUUGCAAUUCAAGGUUAAGGAUCUUGAAGGACAGUUGAGAUUGGUACAGGAGAAGCUGAAGGUUAAGGAUGAGCAGAACGAGAAGUUGAAGCAAGAGGUGGAGGGUCUGAGAGAUGAUUACCAAGACUUGUUGGAUAUUAAAGUGCAAUUGGACAACGAGUUGGCUACGUAUCACGAACUGUUGCAAAGUGAAGAGACGCGGUAGGUUUUUUUUGAGUUUUUGAAAUCUAUUUCUUUAAUCUUUUUUGAGCUUUUUAUAAUAUUAUAGCUUGUGAUUCACUGUUUUUUGACAUACUAUAUGACAUCCUUUUUUAGUCUCAAAAUUCGAACCACCGAUGACUCUCAAGACCUCGGUGACGACGACGAAGAUGACGAGAACGGCCUUCACGUCAGCUUUAACGAAGACAACUUAGCCAGAACUCGCGGCUCACUGAACCAGUCCAGUCGAUCGGACCAAGGCUCAGCUCGUCGUGGCGUGAAAAGAAGAAGAUUACAGGAAGAGAGCUACUUCGAAGGCAGUGGAAGAUAUGAAAAGACGGCCGAUGUCUACAGAACACAUCAGGAAGCCAAGGGAGAUGUUGUCAUCGGUGAUGUGGAUGAGGAUGGACGCUUCGUGAAGCUGGAGAACAAAGGAGACGAAGAUAUUGUUCUGGGUGGAUGGAUUGUCGAAGCUCAGGAUAAUGAUCAGAUCGUGACUUUCAAGUUCCAUUCCAGACAGACCAUCAAGGCUGGUCAAACGGCUACGGUAAGGAAUGGCAUUUUGAAUUUUUUGAAAGCGGGUUUUGAGCAUUACUGUUUAAUGGGUAAUGCUGAGUUAUCUUUAGGUUAUUUUAAGUAAUUGUGGCUGGCUUCAUUGAAUAUGAAUAAUAUUGACUUAUAUUGUUGUACAUUGUGAGUAAUAUUAACCUAUUUUCAUUUACGGGAUGUAAAUGAAAUUGUUAUAGAUCUGGUCCGCCAACCUCACCGACCGCACAAACGAACCAGGAAGCAACCUGACCUUGAAGAAUCAGCAAUGGCCUCGAGGGGACGAACGCCGAAUCCGACUGGUUGAUUUGAAUUCUGAGGAGCAAGCCCUGUACGAAAAGUUCCGCCGAACUCACGCUGUGGGCGACGCGAACGGCGAAGAACGUUGCUCUAUCAUGUAG